UCCACCGAAAAUCGCUGGGAUUUGCACCUAUAAAUCACAUUCAUUCCAUCUCCAUUUCAUCAGGCAGCAAUUUCCAAAGCGAAGGUGUUUCUCGGUGUUUCUCGGUGUUUCUCGAGUUCUUCACCGGAUACCGCCACAACACAAAUCCAUAACCGAAAACAAAAAACAAAUCUCAAAAUCGCAAUGGAGAUGAAGAAGAUCACCUGCGCCGUCCUCUUCGCUGCCGCAACCGUCACCGCCGCCGUGGCUCAGAACGAGGCGUCGGCUCCUGCACCUGGACCAACCAGCGCCGCCACUGUCGGCCUUCCAGCAAUCGGCUCUCUCAUCGGCGCUUCGUUGCUCUCCGUUGCUGCCUACUACUUGCAAUGAUGGAUGGGAUGAUUUGCAAAACGAAAACUUCAUAUAACGAUGGUGACAAUGGUUUAAUAAAUCUUUAAAUUUUUCUUUGUUAAACGCCAUCGAUAUCAAUUCUUAUUGAGACAUAAAUGAACAGCCAU